AAGCAGCAAAAUAUACAAUUACUUUUCUAAAGUUCAAAAUGUUUGUCAAAAUUAAUGUUGCAUCAUUCCUAGUUGCACUUUUUGUGGUACUUGUUGAGGGUAGUAACGUGAUCGAGAGUAUUGUUGAAGAUCAUGAGCAUUCAAUUGGAACUCAAUGGGCUGUGUUGGUAGCUGGAUCAAGUGGAUGGUAUAACUACAGACACCAGGCUAAUAUAUGUCACGCUUAUCAACUACUGAAGAAAGGAGGUCUAAAAGAUGAACACAUUAUUGUAUUUAUGUAUGAUGACAUUGCUUACAAUCCUGAAAACCCUAGACCUGGAGUUAUCAUAAAUAACCCACAUGGUCAUGAUGUGUACAAAGAGUACCCAAGGUAUGAUUACACAGGAAAAGAUUGUAAUGCUCAAAACUUUUAUGGUGUUAUCUUGGGAAACAAAAGUGUUCUAACUGGAGGCAGUGGAAAAGUUGUGAACUCUGGUCCAAAUGAUUAUAUUUUUAUUUACUAUAGUGAUCAUGGUGCUCCUGGUGUAGUUGCAAUGCUUGUAGAACCACCGGUCUAUGCCACGGAACUAAAUGAGGUGUUGAAGAUAAAACAUGCUUCUAGGACUUAUAAAAAUAUGGUAUUUUACUUGGAAGCUUGUGAAUCUGGAAGCAUGUUUGACGGUCUUCUUGAUGAAGGUUUAAAUAUUUAUGUAACGACUUCAUCAAAACCCGAUGAAGAUGGUUGGGCUACGUAUUGUUCUUUCAGUGGUGAUAAAUCUAGCUAUGGUGAGUGUCCACCAAAAGAAUUCAAAGAUAAUUGCUUGGGAGAUUUGUUCAGUGUUUCUUGGCUAGAGAAUAGUGAUUUGCGUGAUCGACGAGUUGAAACUUUGAAGAAGCAGUAUCAACGGAUUCGUAAAAGAGUGUUAAAUAAUGGUACACACGGUUCCCAUAUAAUGGAAUAUGGUGAUUUACAUAUACAUAACGAUGCUCUCUCCAAAUAUAUGGGUUUUAAUUCCCCAAAACAUACUUCUUCUACCAAUAACUACCCCUCAAACUCAAGACAUGUUAAUCAGCGUGAUGUGCAACUCUUGUAUCUCUUAUCCAAGUUUCAGAAUGCUCCGGAAGGGUCUAUAAGAAAAUCAGAAGCUUAUAGGAAACUAAGUGAAGUUAUAUCAGAAAGAGAACAUGUAGACAAGAGUGUAAAACGUAUUGGACAAACUUUAUUUGGAGUUAAUAAUGGUCCAGAAGUGCUCAACAUUGUUAGACCUGCUGGACAACCCCUUGUUGAUGAUUGGGAUUGUCUUAAAUCCUUUGUGAAGAUAUUUGAGUCUCAUUGUGGAUCAUUGACUAGCUAUGGCAGAAAACACGUUCGUGGAUUUGCUAAUAUGUGUAAUGCUGGAAUUCAAAGGGACCAAAUGGAUGCAGCUGCUAAACAAACAUGUUCUUCUUAAUUAAGGAAU